AUGAACCCAGAUGACCCACAGGAAACUCUCCCAGCAGGUCUCAAGAACCUAGCAACUUCUCUCAAUAACCUCAAUCUUCAGACCCUCCGUCGUAAAUCUCUUCACCAACGCCAUGACUAUCUCUCUUCUGAUGACAAUGAUCACCCAAGCCCAGUCAAAACUGAACAACAAGACCCUGAUCCAAAGCUUGUAACUACAACCCCACGACAACCAAUACAUGACCCGCUUACCCCAGGCCAUAUCGCAUCAUCUGCACUUAAAAAUCCCAUCAUAUCAACCCCUGGUGUUUCCGCUCCUCCGCUUCACCCACACUCGGCCGUAACUGCCUCAGCAACUACUGCUCGGCGCGUGCCGUCUGACGACCCACGUACACAGACCAGGGAUGCAUCACUACGGCGAGAGCUCGAGCAAGUGCGCCAGGCAAACCUUGCACUUUCAGUUGUGCUUUCUGCGGUCCGUAUUUCACAAACAAAUCUGGACGGUGUGCUGACUGCAGCACACAAUGCUGACCGUCUGCUGGACAGCUGGGUCGCGGUACUGUCACAGUCCCAACAUACUUAUUCAUUGUUAUCAGAUGCUGGGUAUUGGACAGGUGUACAUGACGAUUUGGCACGCGAGGAAGCCCAGAAGGCUGAGAGAGAAGCAGCGGCAGCAGCAGCGGCAGCAGCAGCAGAACAGGAGCGGCGUGAAAGACAGAAAAAACAACAAGAAGAAGAGGCCAGGAGACGCAGAGAAGAAGCAGAAAAAGCAGAGGCUGCGACAAGAGCACAACAUGAACAAGAUAGCAGAAGAAGGUUGCGUCGAACGCGGCCGGAUCAACAAAACGGUGUGACGCGAAGUUUAAGUGCACGACGACGGACUAUAGUGGCACCAACAGCUGCUUCUGCAACAGCUGCGGAAGAUACGCGGCUACGGAGGCGAGGAACAAUGAUUGGAACAACUACAACACCUUCCAGUGCAACACGUCGGCCACCUCCAGGGUCUCGUGCACAACCCGGGUCUUCGAUUCCUUCACGCACCGGUCGGUUCAAUCCCAAAUAG